AUGAGUGGAAGAGGCCCGAAUGGAACUGCCAACGUCUCCUACACGGAAUUCUUCCUCCUUGCCUUCCCCGGCCUCCAGCAAUCCAGAUACCUCCUGGCCGUCCCCUUCUUCUGCCUUUACGCUUCGAUCAUCAUUGGAAACUCCAUGCUGAUCUACACCAUUAAGGCAGAGAGCAGCCUCCACUCCCCCAUGUACGCGCUGAUCGCGUUGCUCUUCGGGGUCAAUGUCUGUGGCACCACAGUCAUCCUUCCCAUGAUGCUUCUCAGCGUCAUUUUCGGAGCCAUCCGCAUUUCCCUGACGGCCUGCCUCGUCCAGAUGUUCUUCCUCUACUUCGUCCGCCUGGUAGACUGCAACAUCCUCGUCGUGAUGGCUCUGGACAGAUACAUGGCCAUUUGCCACCCGCUGCGCUACGUGGACAUCAUGACAAAGAAGCUCAUGGUGAUACUGAGCCUGGUGGCUCUUGCCCGGAGCGUGGCCGUGGUGAGCCCGGUGGUGAUCCUGGCUUCUCAGGUGAGGUUCUGCCGGUCCAACGUCAUUGGGCAUUUUGUCUGUGAACACAUGGCCCUCAUGAGGUUGUCUUGCGGCGACAUCUCCAGGAACAAGAUCGUCGGCCUGCUAGUAAGGACCAUCACCGCCAUCUUUGACCUCAGCUUUCUCCUGACUUCGUACAGCCGCAUCUUUCACGUGGCUCUGCAGAUAAGUUCCGGCCACCUCCGGAGCAAGGCCUUCCACACCUGCGGCACCCACCUCAUGGUUAUCCUCACGGUCUAUUCUUGCAGUCUCAUCUCCUCCAUUGUGUUUCGCUUAGCCAAGUCUGCCACUCAGGACGUCCACAAUCUAAUAAGUGCCAUCUACUUAUUGCUCCCUUUGGCAGUCAACCCCAUCAUUUACGGCAUGAGAACCAAAGAGAUCAGGAACAACUUCUUGAAGCUGUUCAAGAGCAAAUGGCCUCCUUUGAGAUCCGUCAAAGAAACAGGUGGGGACAGAGUCAAGUGA